AUGACUGUGGAUACAAAAAUCUCAUCUUCUCCGCUCCUUCCAUUCGAUAUCCUCGAAAGAAUCAUUAACGAGCUCGGUCAUGAAGCCAAUCAAAAACGGGACUAUGAAUACUACUGCGUGGGUCCAGCACGCCGCGCUCUUUUCGAAUUCUCGCUGGUUUCCAGUGCAACAUUGCAUCCAUGCAGGUUGUCGAUCUUCUCGACUCUCAGUCUCAGACAGACUUUUAAAAGAGACUCAGACCCUGACCGCUACCUGGAAGAAACGCUUCGCAUGCUGGAAAGUAACCCACACCUCAUUCCCUACAUCCAACAAUUGGCCUUCCAUUUCAGGGCCGUCAAGGGGCUCGCGCACAAACCUGGAGAAAUCUACAAUAAUGUCUUCCCAAAGUUAUUGACUGCGCUGAAGAAUCUACGUGGCCUCGUCUUUGAUGGGCUCAUCCAGGGCGGAUACGGCAUGGAAACGUGGAGGGGAGUCAAUGGAGAAGUCCAAGACGCUAUGACCAAGCUUAUCGCCCACAGCAACCUGGAAAAGUUGGAUUUCCGAUGGGUCAAGACUCUCCCCACAGAAAUGUUCUUGUAA